AUGACAGUCGACAUUGGUGUCUUCAUCCCUAUCGGGAACAACGGCUGGCUCAUCAGCAAGAACGCGCCACAAUAUGAACCCUCUUUCGAGCUCAACAAGCAAAUCGUUCAAAAGGCCGAGAGCGUCGGGCUUGAUUUCGCUCUAUCGAUGAUCAAACUUCGAGGGUUCGGAGGCGAAACUCAUUUCUGGGAUGUCAACUUGGAGUCCUUCACUCUCAUGUCGGCCUUGGCUGCUGUGACAUCGAAGAUCAAGCUGUUUGCAUCUACAGCCAUCUUGACACUACCUCCAGCGAUCGUGGCGAGGAUGGCGUCGACGAUUGACUCGGUCGCCCCUGGACGGUUCGGUAUCAACAUUGUCACUGGAUGGCAGUCUGCGGAGUAUACGCAGAUGAAUCUCUGGCCAGGCGAUGCUUACUUUGGGUAUCGUUAUGACUACGCCACGGAGUACGUGCAAGUCUUGAAAGACUUGUGGUCCACAGGAGUCUCGAAUUUCAGGGGCAAGCACUUCACAAUGGAGGACUGCAAGCUUGCUCCACAACCCUCGAGCCCGCCGAAGAUCGUUGCAGCAGGACAAUCUGGUCGUGGAAUCGAAUUCGCCUCUCAAUAUGCAGAUUUCAACUUCGCUCUAGGCGCCGGUUACAACACACCUACAGCUUUUGCCGAAGCUGGAUCGCGUCUCGUUGGUGCAGCCAAGAAAGUCGGACGCGAUGUCGGCUCCUACGUCCUUUUCAUGGUCAUUGCUGAUGAAACCGAUGAAGCGGCUGAGGCGAAAUGGAAUUAUUACAAAGACGGUCUGGACGUCGACGCCGUUGCUUGGAUGGCAUCGCAGGCUGGGAAGGAUGUCAAAGCUGACAACAACGCUACCGCCACUCGACUCACGCUUCCGGACAGAGCUGUCAACAUGAGCAUGGGCACGCUCGUGGGUUCCUAUGCCAAGAUUGCGAGCAUGCUGGAUGAAGUGGCGGGGGUGGCUGGGACGAAAGGUAUCAUGAUAGUCUUCGACGAUUACCUAAAAGGCAUCGAUGCUUUUGGAGAGAAGAUACAGCCCCUCAUGAAGAGUAGAGAAGGCAAGGCCCCGUAA